CAUAUAUCCGGAAGUUGGGUGUUGUUACUCAGGCGGACUCUUUCCGUGUAGGUACGCCGAGUUACAGGUGGCAACACCGAUACUGUUGCUCACAAGUGGGCUCUUUUAUCAUAUACGUGGUUUUUAAAUUGACGUGAGUGUUUUUCUCGUUGUUCCACGCGUGUUAUUUAUAAGAGGAGCCACGUCGUGCAACACAAACAUGUUGGUUUCGGUGACGUUGUUCCUCUGGGCAGCGACAGGUGUUAAUGGCUAUUCAGUCACUACCAAAAAUGCUGAGGUGCAGGUGAGGGAGAAUGAAGGGACUGACCUGACAUGUACUUACUCGGGAGACUUUGGUUCAGAGGCCAGAGUUGAGUGGAAAUUUAAAGACCUAGGAGGCUCACAAACAUAUGUGGUUUUUAAUGGUCAACCAACACAACCAUAUUCCAGCCGUGUGACGAUCUAUGGAAGCAACAUUAGAUUCUCCAAAAUGACCCCUAAAGAUACUGGAGUGUAUGACUGUGAAGUGUCGGGCAAUGGCCAGUUUGGGGAAACCAGAGUGAAGCUGACUGUUUUGGUGCCUCCAUCUAUGCCUGUGUGUAGGGUCCCUCCCACUGUGACAACGGGUAAGACGGCCCACUUGUCCUGCCACGACAACAUUGGCUCACCUCCUCCCAAAUACAGGUGGUACAAAGACGGCACACUUCUGCCUCCGGAUCCAAGCAAGAUUUCCGGCUUCAAAAAUGCCACCUACCAUCUAAACACAGAGAACGGCAACCUGGAGUUUCCCAGAGUGACCAAGAUGGACUCAGGUCAGUACUACUGUGAGGCGUACAAUGACGCUGGUCCUCCGCAGCGCAGUAAAGAAGCCAAGAUGCAAGUCCGUGACAUAAACACAGGAGGAAUUGUUGCUGGCGUAAUUGUGGCUCUGCUGCUAUUGGCCCUCCUGGGAUUUGGACUUUGGUAUGCACACAAGAAAGGAUACCUGCCCAAGAAAGAUGAAAGUAAACCGAACGUGGUCUACCAGCCUCCAUCAUUGUAUGGCGGUGAAGAUGAUGAUGGAGAAUUUAAACAGAAGUCAUCAUUUGUGGUGUAGUCUUCAAGAAGAGGUCAAAACAAGAGAACACCUUGGGUUUUAAAGCUUGAGCUUUGAGCUUGUAUUUAUCCAGAUUUUCGAUUGAGUGGAUUUCUUAUUUACUCCGGCUAGAUAAUGAAAUAAGAUGUUAUUAAAUGAGCUGUGACUCAUUUUAGCCUCAGGCCCUGUGUGUGUGUGUGUGUGUGUAUGAUCGUUUUCUGCCUCCUAAGAGAGCUAAGUUGUGUUGAAACUGUGCAUCUGGUUGUAAAUACAGGAUGUCAUAUCUAGUACACUACCACUACUAUGGCGGAACAGGGUACAUGGAGGGUUUUUUUUCUGUGCAAAGUCAAAACACAACUGACAGCAUUUUUCUUUAUUUAACUUUAUAGACAUUCAAAUUUACAUUGCAUUCAUUGACCUUUUUUUUUUUUUUUUACAAA